GGAAAGGGAGGCCCGAAUGCUAGACGAUAGAUAAAUAGGGUUUUAAGUGAUUAGCGCCGUAGAGUUCAUCCUCCCUCUCACGAAGACAGACCAUCUUCAACUCCCAGAGGCGCAGAGCUCCGUUCGCGUUCGUGUUGCGAAUUCGGCGAUUCAAUGGCUCCAAAGAAGGAUAAGGCUCCGCCGCCGUCGUCGAAGCCGGCCAAGUCCGGAGGAGGCAAGCAGAAGAAGAAGAAGUGGAGCAAAGGAAAACAAAAGGAGAAGGUCAACAACAUGGUUCUGUUCGACCAAGGUACUUACGACAAGCUGAUCUCUGAGGCUCCCAAGUACAAGCUAAUCACUCCUUCCAUCCUCUCCGAUCGUCUCAGGGUGAAUGGGUCGUUGGCAAGGAAGGCAAUUAGGGAACUGAUGGCAAAAGGUUUGAUCAGGAUGGUCUCUUCUCAUUCAAGCCAGCAGAUUUACACCAGGGCAACAAACACUUGAACCAUGUUUACUUUCCAUUAUCAACUAUGAUUCCGCGGGGCAGAGAACUUUUGUUCAAUUUUGGCAUCACUGUGGCCCUGUUUGUUUAAUAUUGCUGCUCUUAGGGAAUGUGGCAUUUGCAGGUUCUUGAUGUAUCAAGUGAAACCAUGAAUGCGAAGAAGAUAGUUUUGUUUUUCUAUUAAGCAGAAUUUGAUUCUGAACCCGAGUGUCUCUAUUGAGUGCAGGACUUCAAGUAGUACUAUUAGACCAUUGGUUUAGCUGUCCUGUACGGUGGCGACUAUAAAGUGGUAUGAUUCAA